ACGGUUCGUUUCAACCCAUUCUUCCUCAAAUUCUGCGGGAUCCAAAUAAACCAAAAUACUAUACUACUCCUAUCACAAACAGCCGAACUGAUUUGCAACUGAGUUUGCAAAUGUUCAGACUCAUCUCACCUCACAUACGAGCUCCUCUCCGGUCUCUCCCUCAAGCCCUAACCCCACCGUUCAAACUCCCCGUAAACCCACCGUACUCAGCCCCUCCAAACCCUUCCUUCUCGACGCUCCCUUCGCCGUUCUCGCACUCGCCGCCGCUGCUUCUGCAGAGACGCGAGGAUGCGGCGGCGGCGGCCGACGAGUUCAACAGGAGGCUGCUGGUCGUCCAGCCGCGGCUGCGGCCGGAACCCGUGUUGCGGGCGAAGCUCGACGAGGCCCUGAGCCUCGCCAACUCGCUCGAGGAACAGCGAGACGGGUUUUUCGAUACCGAGUUGUGGGAGAAGGAGUUGCCUCCGCACGUGGUUGUUCAAAAUCCUGUUGCACGAUCCCGUCGCGCAGACACAUAUUUUGGACCAGGGACAUUGGACACAAUUAAAUGUCAUCUCAAUGCUGUGGAAUCGGAGGGUGGAGUUGAUGCCGUAUUUGUGAAUACUAUACUGACUGGUAUUCAACAACGGAAUUUGGAGCGGGCAUGGGGCAAACCUGUUUUGGAUCGUGUUGGUCUCAUAAUAGAGAUAUUUAAUGCACAUGCCUUUACAAAGGAAGCAAAGCUACAGGCUGAGUUAGCAUCUCUAAUGUAUAAGAGGACAAGGCUUGUCCGUGUACGUGGACCUGAUGGGCGUUAUACUUUUGGUGCCAUUGGGGAAGCAGAAGUUGUAAGUGCCCGAGGGAGAGGAAGUGCAGGACGCGGUUUCAUUGGUGGUGCUGGUGAAACUGAACUUCAGCUACAAAGACGAAGAAUUGUAGACCGGCGAAAACAGUUAUUAGAGGAGAUAAAAGAGGUUCGCCGCACCCGAGCUUUGCAACGUGCUUCUCGAAAGAGGCAUGGAGGUGAAAAUGGUCAAUGCAUGGCUACAGUUGCUGUUGUUGGCUACACCAAUGCUGGGAAAUCAACAUUAGUUAGUGCUCUCUCUGACAGUGAUUUGUACAGUGAUGAUCGAUUGUUUGCAACAGUUGAUCCAAAAUUAAGAAGUGUUGUUCUCCCAUCUGGGAGAAAAGUGCUUGUUAGCGAUACAGUGGGCUUUAUAUCAGAUUUGCCUGUACAGUUGGUGGAAGCAUUUCAUGCAACCUUGGAAGAAGUGGUGGAAGCUGAUCUCCUUGUGCAUGUGCUGGACUCCAGUGCACCAAAUAUUGAUGAGCAUCGGGAAACUGUACUGCAAGUUCUUAAGCAGAUAGGAGUGUCUGAGGAGAAGCUUCAGAAUAUGAUUGAAGUUUGGAAUAAGAUUGAUCUCCAAGAAGAGAUGGAUGCUGAUGAAUGUCUAGAUGAUGGUGAAGAUGAUGACAAUAAUGACGACAAUAAUGACGACAUACUAUCGUUAGGAGAUUGCAAGGAAAUCACGGGUGACCAACAAAGCGACUGCUCUGAUGGGUGGCUCCUAUCAGGGGAUGAGCACGAGAGUUUAAAUGAGAUGGGAUGGGAAACCUCAAAUGACCCACAAAAUAUGUUGUCUGAAGACUUGAGGAAGCCUGAAAAAGAUUCGCAUUCUCAAACUCAAUAUGUUCCGCAUGUCAAAACAUCUGCUGUGAUGGGAGUUGGCUUGAAUGAGUUGCUGGAAAUCAUCGAUAAGAAGCUCAAGUCUCAGAAUGUGGUGGAGAGGAAUGCAAUUGAUCGUAAAUGGAGGCCCCCUCGUACAGAAGACUCUGGCAUAGCAGUUGAACGGUAGCAUGCAUUGUGCCACACGAUUGGUUAGUUUUACAUCCCCUGCAUUCAUUGCCUUCUCCAAUAUGUUAGAUUGAAGGCAUAAUACAAGGAUAAUCAGCACUGCGAACUGGCUCUCUGCCUCGCUCCCAACUCUGUUUCGUGGGUGCCCUGCUCUGGAUUUUUAACAAGAGUUUGAAGGGUGCAUAAAGUUGUUUUUGAAGCGGCCGUUUUGAAUUUCUAUUCAGAGUUCUGUAUGCAGAAUCAUGUGAAAUCGAUUCUCUUCCCCUCUUUUAAGAGUCCAAUCAAGUUGGUUUCUGGUGUUCAGUUCCUAUUUAAAUAAGAGUGUGUAUUAUACAACUUUUUUGGCCUAUGUACAUGAGCGUAGAAAGCUCCGAAUGCUACACAAAUUUGUCAUCUCAAUGUUGGUUGUAUUCCUUGAAAGGAGCAAACUUUGUGGAUAGAGCAAUUUCAAAAUGGAAAAACAAGGGAAUUUAGAUUCCGGAA